AUGUACCGGCCGGUUGCCGCAACUAUCUGCCUCUCCCUCUUCUUCUUCGACUCUGCCAGUCGAUGUGCCUUACAAGGCGUGUCGGGAGAGUCCUCUGACUAUCAUGUCGAACCUGCCCUGGAGCUUGCCUCCAAAUGUAACUCGGUGGCUCUUCUUCUCGAAGACUUUGUCGGACAGCGAAGUGUAGGCGUCAAUGCAGUCGUCGACGGUCAUCUACAGGCGGGCCAGCAUGAUCGCGAUGAGGCCGCCGGUGCUGUGCUUACGUUCAAGGGUUCGUUCUUUGAGCUCCAGGCUGCCCGAAAGUGGUCUGGCGCGGUGAUGGAAGAGUAG